AUGGAAGAAGGAAGUAGGGUGAAUGUUACUUAUAGAAAAAAGAAGUGGACUACUAUCUCAAUAUUUAUAACCGUAUGUUUUUUCAUAGCAGGUAUAGUCUGUGUAUUUUUAGGUAUAAAUCCUCUGCUAGAAAUGUGGUAUGAUUUAAAAUCCUUUAGUAAUCUUAUAUUUGUUGUAUUUCAUUUAUACUAUCUUUUUAGUUUUAUAGGUGUUCAUACUAAUUCUGAUUUUAUUUUUUGGACAGGAAGUUAUAGUCUACUAAUCGUUACUAGUAUUAUGUUCUAUUUUUACGAUGAUAUAUUUAUUUAA